CCAGCGGAAGCGGAGGGGGCGGAGCGCCCUCGCAGGGUCGAGUCCCUCCACGGAAACGGCCCCCGGCCCCUUCCGGCAACAUCCCCCGCCGGCCCGCCCUCCGACCCGGAACACUUUCUUCUUGGCGCGGGGGCCGGCGGGCCGCGGCUUCCGGCGCCGGGGCCUGAGGAGGCGCCAUGGGCUCCUCGAAGAAGCACCGCGGGGAGAAGGAGGGAGGGGGGGCGGCGGCGGCCCCGGCCCCGGCCGAGCAGCCCCCGCGCCACCGGGAGCACAAGAAGCACAAGCACCGCAGCGGCGGGGGCGGCGGAGGCGGCGGGAGCGGCGGGAGCGGGAGCGGCGGGGGCGAGCGCAGGAAGCGGAGCCGGGAGCGCGCGGCGGAGCGCGGGAGCGGCCGCCGGGGGGGCGAGGCGGAGGCGCGGAACGGGAGCGCGCACGGGCGCGAGCGGAGCCAGCCCGACGGCGCCGAGCGCAGGGCCAAGAGGGACAAGCGCGAUGACGGCCACGACACCGCUUCCGGCUCCAAGGCCGGUUCCGGAGACGCCUCCUCUCUCAGCAUCGAAGAGACCAAUAAACUCCGGGCGAAGCUGGGGUUGAAGCCCUUGGAGGUCAAUACCGCCAAGAAAGAGGCCGGCACCAAGGAGGAGCCCGUGUCGGCCGACGUCAUCAACCCCAUGGCCCUGCGGCAGCGCGAGGAGCUGCGCGAGAAGCUGGCCGCGGCCAAGGAGAAGCGGCUGCUCAACCAGAAGCUGGGGAAGGUGAAGACGCUGGGCGAGGACGACCCCUGGCUGGACGACACGGCCGCCUGGAUCGAGAGGAGCCGCCAGCUGCAGAAGGAGAAGGAUCUGGCCGAGAAGAGGGCCAAACUGUUGGAGGAGAUGGACCAGGAGUUUGGCGUCAGCAGCCUCGUGGAGGAAGAGUUCGGGCAGAGGCGGAAGGACCUGUACAGCUCCCGGGACCUGAAGGGCCUCACCGUGGAACACACCAUCGACUCCUUCCGGGAAGGGGAGACCCUGAUCCUCACCCUCAAAGACAAAGGCGUGCUCCAGGAGGAGGAGGACGUGCUGGUCAACGUGAACCUGGUGGACAAGGAGAGGGCGGAGAAGAACGUCGAGCUGCGCAAGAAGAAGCCCGACUACCGGCCCUACGCCGAGGAGGAGAGCGUGGAUGACAUGGUCCUGCAGAAGCCCCGCUCCAUCUUGGCCAAGUACGACGAAGAGCUGGAGGGGGAGCGGCCGCAGUCGUUCCGGCUGGACCAGGCCGGGGCGGCCGACGGGGCCUGGGAGCGCGAGCUGGACCAGAUCCGCGCCAACCUCCGCCAGCAGGCCCAGUCCCUCAACGACGCGGGGCCCCGCCUGGCCUCCGAGUACCUCACCCCGCAGGAGAUGGUGACGUUCAAAAAGACGAAGCGGCGCGUGAAGAAGAUCCGCAAGAAGGAAAAGGAGGUGGUGGUGCGAGCCGAUGAUCUCCUGCCCCUCGGCAACGAGUCCAGCGAGGGGGACUUUGGCUCCAGGCUGCGGGGGCGGGGGCGGCGCCGGGUGCCCGAGGCGGAGGCGGAAGAGGAGGAGGCGGAGGACGGAGGCGACGGAGCCCCCGCCGCGCCCCCGCAGUCGGACGACAACCGCCUGGAGAACAUGGACAUCAGCGACGACGACGAGGAGGACGGGGCCCGGGGCCCGGAGGCGGGCGGGGCCCUGGAGGAGGACGAGGUGGAGCUGGAGCUGCAGAAGCAGCUGGAGAAGGGCCGCAGGCUGAGGCAGUUGCAGCAGCUCAAGGACAGCGGCGAGAAGGUGAUCGAGAUCGUGAAGAAGCUGGAGACGCGGCGGAGCCGGGCGGAGGACGACGAGGACGAGGAGCGGAAGGGCGCCAUCGUCUUCAACGCCACCUCCGAGUUCUGCCGCACGCUGGGGGAGAUCCCCACCUACGGCCUGGCCGGAAACCGCGAGGACCAAGAGGAGCUCAUGGACUUCGAGAGGGACGAGGAGCGGUCGGCCAACGGCGGCUCGGACUCCGACGGGGAGGAGAACAUCGGCUGGAGCACCGUCAACCUGGACGAGGAGAAGCAGCACCAGGACUUCUCCGCUUCCUCCACCACCAUCCUGGACGAGGAGCCCAUCGUGAACCGGGGCCUGGCGGCCGCCCUGCUGCUCUGUCAGAACAAAGGCCUGCUGGAGACCACGGUGCAGAAGGUGGCGCGGGUGAAGGCUCCCAACAAGUCCCUCCCGUCGGCCGUCUACUGCAUCGAGGACAAGAUGGCCAUCGACGACAAGUACAGCCGGCGGGAGGAAUACCGCGGCUUCACGCAGGACUUCAAGGAGAAGGACGGCUACAAGCCGGACGUCAAGAUCGAGUACGUGGACGAGACCGGCCGCAAGCUCACCCCCAAGGAGGCCUUCCGGCAGCUGUCCCACCGCUUCCACGGGAAGGGCUCGGGCAAGAUGAAGACGGAGCGGCGGAUGAAGAAGCUGGACGAGGAGGCGCUCCUGAAGAAGAUGAGCUCCAGCGACACCCCGCUGGGCACCGUGGCCCUGCUGCAGGAGAAGCAGAAAGCCCAGAAGACGCCCUACAUCGUGCUGAGCGGCAGCGGCAAGAGCAUGAACGCAAACACCAUCACCAAGUGAGGCUGCCGGCUGCCCUCCGUCCACCUCCUACGCCCCCUUUAAUAUUAAAUAAACCUCCCCCUUAUUUUUUUUUUCCUC